AUGGCGACGUCUCACUCAAAUUCGGCCGCCCAUCCUGGGACCCCCGCCGAAUCGUUAUCAUCCAGGAAGGUGUCAGCGUUGUCUGCUCCGGCCGCGGGGCCGAAAACCGAGAAGGCAGGCCUAGUGUUUACUCCAGUGCGAGUCUCGUCCGCAGGCCGUGUCCUCCCCGGCCGUUGGGUCCCUGCCUCGGAGUCUAAGUCGGCGGCGAGCGCGCCUUCUCCUGGCGCUCAAUUGCUAACUGGCGCAGGUUCCCUUGCACGUGCGGAGUCCCCGGCGAAGCGGUCCCUUGGGGCAAGCGCGGGGCCUGCCCUCUGGUAUGACUUGACCGGUUUCGAGGACCUUGGGGGCUAUCCUGAGGAUUGGGAGACGACCAGUUCGGAAUCCGAGUACCCUGCUGCAGUCUCGGCCACCCAUUCAGACCAAGUCAACGUGGGCACUCCAAGCGCCCUGGACCAGGUCAGCGGGGCCACUCCCGGCACUCACGCACUCCCGGGGGCCCAGGACCGCGCUGGGACAACCGCGACGGCUGUCUCUGGCCCGCAAUCCACCGCUGGCGGCCAACCUGCGGCCUUCUGCCACCCCACCUCUUCAACCACGCCGUCAGCCGAGGAAUCCUUCAGAAAAGCGGCUGCGGAGGAUGACAUGACCAACGAUUUGUCAGACAACUCCGAUGAAGAGUCUGAGCCCUCGCCUUUGGCUGUGUUGCUCUCCAAGGUCGCACCCACUCAGGAGAUCUGA